AGUGUCAGUACAUACGGUAGAGUACGAGCGACCUAGCGCGGUGUCGACUACUGCAGAAUCUGUCAGAAUCUCUCGCUGGUACACACACACACACUCUCUCUCUCUCUAUUUCUUUUUUCGCUGAGAAUAUCCAGAAAAAUGAACCUCCUGGCGUUCGGGCUUAUCCUGAUCUGUAGCUGUGCCUGGGCUGAGAUUGAGAUAGACGAUAAUUUGGAGUUUAUUGGAGAAAGUUUUGCGAAGAAGAGCAAAUUAGAAGAUGCCCUCGACGGUCCCCUUAGGGACUCCAUACGAAACGGGGAUAGUGGUCUCGGAAUUCCGCCGCUUGACCCCUUCAUCGCGGACAAGUUGCGGAUCAAAUUCGACGAGAAGGAGUUCAACACAACUGUCGACGCACAAUUGGCAAAUGUCAGAGUAGACGGCUUGUCCUCGUACAAAAUCAACAGCGCUUCCUUUAAAUUGUUCGGUUUGAAGGUUCACAUGGAUCUCACCUGGCCGUCGAUAGUCGGGAGCACUAAUUACUCUCUAAAUGGCAACGUCCUCGGAAACGAGGUUUAUGGAACCGGAAAGAUGAAUGGAACCGGGCAUGACUUCAGAUUCCAGAUUAAUUUGAGCUUCAGAUUGAAGGGCAAGCACCUCAAAGUUAAAUCAAUUUCAUCGAGGGUUUCUCUGAGAGCAUUAGAUUUCCGCGCGACAGGCCUCUACAACGACGAAGAAAAGUCCAAGUCAGCAAGCCUCUCAAUCUCCAAUACGGUGCCUAAAUUAAUCGACCAGAAACAAGGAACAAUUGUGAACUAUGUUAAUCGUAUCAUCACGCAGGAACUCAAUGAAUAUUUAUCCACUAUAACGCUUAAAGAACUAUUGAAAAAGCUAGGUCUGUAAUAUCUUUCGUCGUGUGAUGUCAGGCUAGUGUUCAAUCAGUCGUUUCUACAAUUGUGAUUUCAGUUAAGCGCUUUAAAUAUAUGAUAAUACAGACUAUUUAUUGGUAAAACAUCGUCAAGGAUAAAAAUAAUCCUUAAGAAGGCAUUAAAUUUAUUUCUGUUCCAAUAAAGUCAAUACUAAAAUUUCAAGAGUGAAAA